AUGCCUUCAUCUUCCUCUCAGCCUCGCUCUCCGCCGCAGACAGCGACACCCUCUUCCAUCGCCGACAAUCGCCUGGGCCUCUCGGCGCAAGAUGUCGCGACUCUGCGCCAACACCAACAGCUCGCUCAUGCCCAGUCACGAAGUCCCGCCGGCUCGCAAGCCAGCAGUCAGGGCAGGCUACUACUAGAUCCGGGAAGCCUCCAGCUAUUGUCGAGACACUUUGAUCGUGUCAUGCAAGCCAUUUCUCAGCGACUGGAACAGCUGAAUCAAGCGACCGAGAUAGCGACCCAAGCGCAAUACGAUCGAUCGGGAAAUGCCAUACAAAUGGCGGACAACGAGAUUGCUCGCUUUCGAGCCAUCUUGCAAAAUAUUGACGAACUCGAAUUGGAGUUUGAUAAGAUUAAGAGGAUACGUGAGAUUGUACGCAGCUUUCGAGCACGUGUAGAGCAGCUCGAACGUCGCAUGGGCUAG